AUGCUGAUGUACGACUUUUCAACUCAUCACUGGGCGUUUCUUUCGUCUGCUGAUGAAGUCAAACCUCACAAUUCAAGUCUCAAAAAAUAUAAAUUAAAAGUUGUGACAAGAAAAAUGGAUAUUGAGGCGCCGAAAAUCACUUUAGCGACGAGGCAUGCCAGAGGCUCCGAAAUGGAAUUAACAAACUAUAUUUUAUCUUAA